AUCCGACGAAAAACGAAGACGCUGUCUGCGCAGGUUUGUCUACAAAAAGUAGAUUCUUUUUUGCAGUGUUUGGUUGAAGAUCAUGUCUUUUGUGUCUUUCAUUGACUAUUAUCAGUGUCAUUUAUCAGCGGAAUCAAUCUUCAUGUUCCUAAUUACAUCAGGAGACAGAAAACAUGCAGAGACGUUGUCGAUGGCCCGCAAUCCCAUUCGGUGCAAAGAUACAACACCGUGAGUGUCACUUUGUCAGUGAUUGACAUGCACAGUAUGCAGUACAGUACAGUGCAUCAUUGAUGAGGAGAUAUAACCAGAAAGCACAGUGACGGUAUUUGGUUGCGGAUGGUCUAAUGUACUAUCGCCACAAUGUCCUACAUCAGUGUAAGGAAAAAGGCAAUUGUUGCUCUCCUGUGUCUGGCGUCCUUCACCGUGGGUUGCAUUCUGACCACCAAACUAAACUCAAAGACGUCUUUCCAAUUUCCGGCGGCUGUGGCCUCGCUGCCCAAUUUGAGCAAGAGGAUACGAGGACAGCAUGUCAAGGCCGACAGCGGGAAUAACGUCACGGAAUCCAGACAAGAGGAUUGGAUGGGCCCGGGAGAAGCUCUCGUCAAUGAUAUCGCAAAGACAUUCUUCACCCAAAACGAAACAGAUAUUUUUGAAGACUAUGCUUACGAAUUGGAAACAAAACCACCGGCAGCCAAAACCCAUCCAGUGGCCCAGCGUGUGUCCAAGAAUAACUAUUAUGUUGAAGUUCCAGACCCCCGGGCAGGCUUCCUUCUGAAGAAGGUCAUCAGCAAACUGCCCAGUGAUGUUGUGAGGUCAGUUAGGAUGGAAAACAGGAUUUUAGGUGAUCCACAUUUAUACCAAAAAUCUCCUGUGCCUUUUGCCCAUAAAUCACCCAUACGAAAUGUCCAGGAGAAAUGGGCGGCGUUUAUCCAAGGCAUGAAUGAGUUGGGCUAUGAGCAGCGACUUCCGGUCAUCAUCAACAUAGGCGUCAAAAAGAGCGGGACAAACGCCUUUGGCUUUUUCAUCUCCCAGCAUCCGCAGAUUGCCCACUCCAUCGGCAACGAGGUCCACUACUUUGACUGGAACUACGACAAGGGCAUUGAGUACUACCGCUCCCGCAUGAUGUUCUCCAAGGCCAACCAGUUCAGCUUUGAAAAAACACCUCGGUACUUUGUCACGCCGGACGCGCCCAGGAAAAUCUUGAAGGACCUCCCAGGCCAUGUCAAAUUUGUGAUUUGUGUGCGGGACCCUGUGGAACGCGCCAAGUCGGAAUUCAGGCAUGAAGAGGAGUUGGGGAUGCGCCGCGGCGUGUCGGACAAAGCCAAAGUCAGAACGCAGGCAAAAUCCGAAACCCCGACCUCGCAAGGUAAGAAAUUUGAACAAACAGUACUCGAUAUGAACGGCCAAGUGAAUGCAUCCAACGACAUAGUCAGAACCAGCAUGUACUCCAAGCACUUUCAAAAUUGGCUGGAGACCUUCCCUCGCAAUCGAUUCUACAUUUUGAGCGACGAGCGGGUGAAUAAAGACAUCUACGGGGAAAUGAAAAAUGUUGAGAAGUUUCUCGGUUUAAAGCCAUUCUUCAAGAAGGACAUGUUCUACUACAACAGGGAGAUCCAUGCUCCUUGUAUGAAAGUUGAGCCCAGACCCUGCCCAGCUAAGAGCACACCAGGCUUUCUGCCCAAGGCAGACCCCAGCCCAGAGGUCGUUGAAAAACUGAGGGAUUUCUAUCGUCCGUAUAAUCAAGAAUUUGAAAAGCUUACCCAGAUGAAAUUCUCAUGGACAAAUCUAUGAAUCAGAGUUUUGAUUUUUUUUUUUAAGAUGGUGCAUGAAAUAUUGUUAGUUUAUAAUUCUUUUGAAUCCUUUUCGUUCUUUUGCUCAUAAUAGAUACUUUAUAUGAUCUACUCCCCACACAAUGUCACGUACAAAUGUACAUGUAGCCCCUGAAACAGGGAAUUACUUUUGUUGAUGUAUUUUCAUGCUCUUCCUUGUUCUCGGACAAGUUGAUUUUGUAUAAAUUUUCAAUUUGUAUGUUUUAUUUUGGGUUCCUCUUUUUUUUGCUUUGGGCAGCUGUGACCCUCUGAAAAAAAGUUUGCUCUUAUGUUGGGUUGCAGCCUGGAAUUAUUGUUGGGCCUGAAUUAUUGUUGCGUUGUAAAUAAUUCAAACUUUGUUUAGUCCAUAACUAAUACUGUACAUGGGGGAUUUUAUCCAUUAAUGCUUCAUUCAGAAGCAAAUAACUUUUGUAUUGCUUGAAAGUAGCAAUUUUAAAGUAAAUGUCUAUAUUUUUCGGAGUGAAACUGAAAUAGGCCUACAUGUGAGAGCAACUUUUAAAAUUGAAAACAUAACUAUAACUAUUGAAUUAAAAAGUAACUGCAUUUUCGGUCCCCACAAAUACCUCGUACAGUCGAGUGUACAUGUAUGUCCCCACAGCUACGGAACAAGACAUCGUGGCCAUGUUUCAUGUAAACAAACACGGGGCUUCAUUUCUAGGCCAGUGGUAACAAAUCGUGCAUUUGUUUACAAGUUACUCAUGUGUGCUUAUUGUACCAUAUAUGAAAGAUGUAUGUAAAAUAGUAUAAAAUAUAUUCGUAAUAAGCUUUGGCUUUUUUAAAAUUAA